GGCGGGUCCGGCCUGGCGGAGGCCCUGGGCCUGGGCUGUGGGCGAGCAGGUGUGAGAGCCCCAGAGGUGCGGGACCCCGUCCCGAGGCGGCGGUGGCGGCUCCUGGACGCUCCUCCCUAGUUUCUUUCCUUUCCCCCGUCUUCUCAGUGUGAUUUUCUUGACUCUGUUUUUUCCAAAGAUUGACUUUGCCUCACCAUCAACAAACUCUUCAUCUAAGAUUGGUUCCUGGGUGUCAUAUGUUUACAAGUCAGUGGGAAUUAAGCGCAUCUCAUAUAUGCUGAAAAGCCAAAUAAGGAAAUGUAUUCCUUCUCUUAACAGUUCUAAUUUAACUUGGCUAAUGCCAGUUUUUAGGUUGACUUGGGCAGAAAAGUGAAAAGAGAAUGCUCCACUUUAACCGAUGUCCGCAUCUGAAACAAAUAGCCCAGAAAUGUUUUUCUAGUAUACAUGUUAGAACGGAUAAACAUGUGCAGCUGUUUCUUUCAAGAACCUUUGCACUUGCAGAAUUCAGGAAGUCAUGGCACUCAACCCACUCUGUUGUUGGAGACAAAAAUAUUAUCCUGAUGGGACCGCCUGGUGCUGGGAAAACAACUGUAGGCAGAAUAAUAGGUCAGAAACUAGGUUGUUGUGUCAUCGAUGUGGAUGAUGAUAUCCUUGAAAAAACCUGGAAUAUGAGCGUGUCUGAAAAAUUACAGGAUGUUGGUAAUGAGCAAUUUUUAGAAGAGGAAGGAAAAGCCGUGUUAAACUUCUCUGCAUCUGGAAGUGUGAUUUCCCUUACGGGGUCCAAUCCAAUGCAUGAUGCUAGCAUGUGGCAUCUGAAGAAAAAUGGAAUAAUUGUAUACCUGGAUGUACCUCUAAUAGAUAUAGUCAGCCGUCUAAAAUUAAUGAAAAUAGAUAGGAUCGUAGGUCAGAAUGCUGAAAUAUCUCUGAAAGACUUACUUAAGUUUAGAAGACAGUAUUACAAGAAGUGGUACGAUACCCGUGUGUUUUGUGAAAGUGGGGCUUCCCCCGAGGAGGUAGCUGACAAAGUGCUUAAAGCAGUUAAAAGAUACCAAGAUGUGGACUCAGAAACAUUCAUUUCAACAAGACACAUUUGGCCUAAAGACUGUGAACGGAAGGUUUCGACAAAAUUCUUUAGUGAAGCAGUGAUUGAGGGGUUAGCUUCUGAUGGUGGACUCUUCGUUCCUGAGAAGGAGUUUCCAAAAUUAAACUGUAGGGAGUGGAAAAGCCUAGUAGGAGCAACCUACAUAGAAAGAGCACAAAUACUGUUGGAAAAGUGUAUACAUCCUGCUGACAUACCUGCUGCCAGAUUGGGAGAAAUGAUUGAAACUGCUUACGGGGAAAACUUUGCCUGCUCAAAAAUUGCCCCUGUCAGGCACCUUUCAGGCAACCAGUUCAUCCUGGAGUUGUUUCAUGGACCAACGGGAUCAUUUAAAGAUCUGUCUUUACAGCUUAUGCCUCAUCUUUUUGCACACUGUAUUCCACCAAGUUGCAAUUAUAUGAUACUUGUAGCUACUUCAGGAGACACAGGGAGUGCAGUCUUAAAUGGCUUUAGCCGUAUUAAUAAGAAUGAUAAACAAAGAAUAGCUGUGGCCACAUUUUUUCCUGAGAACGGAGUAAGUGAUUUUCAAAAAGCACAAAUAAUUGGCAGUCAGAAAGAAAAUGGAUGGGCAGUGGGUGUCAAGUCAGAUUUUGAUUUUUGCCAGACAGCUGUGAAAGGAAUUUUUAAAGAUUCUGAUUUUACUGGCUUCCUUAUUAUGGAAUAUGGAACAGUCUUAAGUUCAGCCAAUUCCAUAAACUGGGGCCGACUGCUUCCCCAAGUAGUUUAUCAUGCUUCUGCAUAUCUUGAUCUUGUUAGCCAAGGAUUUAUUUCUUUUGGAAGCCCAGUUGAUGUCUGUAUUCCCACUGGAAAUUUUGGUAACAUUUUAGCAGCCGUGUAUGCCAAAAUGAUGGGAAUCCCUAUUCGAAAAUUUAUUUGUGCCUCUAAUCAGAACCAUGUUUUGACUGAUUUUAUAAAAACAGGACAUUACGAUUUAAGGGAGAGAAAAUUAACACAGACCUUUUCACCAGCAAUAGAUAUUCUUAAAGCUUCAAAUUUGGAACGACAUUUACACUUGGUGGCUGAUAAGGAUGGAGAAUUAAUGACAAAAUUAUUUAGUCAAUUAGAAGAGCAACGUCACUUCCAGAUAGAGAAGAUGCUAGUUGAGAAACUUCAGCAGGAUUUCGUGGCUGACUGGUGCUCUGAGGGAGAGUGUCUGGCAGCCAUUCAUUCCACCUACAAUACUUCAGGAUAUAUUCUGGAUCCACACACUGCUGUUGCAAAAGUGGUUGCAGACAGAAUGCAAGAUAAAACCUGCCCAGUGAUUGUCUCAUCUACAGCUCAUUACUCCAAGUUUGCACCUGUUAUCAUGCAAGCUUUAAAGAUCGAAGAAAUCAACCAUAACUCAUCAAGUCAGCUUUAUUUACUGAGUUCAUAUAACGCACUGCCUCCACCGCAUGAAGCUUUAUUAGAGAGAACGAAACAGCAAGAGAAGAUGGAGUACCAGGUCUGUGCAGCUGAUGUGAAUGUCCUGAAGAGUCAUGUGGAGAAACUAAUACAAAGUCAAUUCAUAUAAAAUUUUUUUGAAUAAAAUAUUUCUUUCUGGCGAUAAGCAUAUGAUAAUAAAUCCCAGAUGUUGAUUUGGAAUACAAUAGCAUUUUCAUUUUUUUUGUAAAUAUAUCUACAUGUAGAUCUUUUCUCUUUUCGAAUUUCAAUAACGUGAUCUCUAUAACAACAUUGUACCUGCACGUGCCCAUUGGAACCUUAUAAUCUGGAAGUGACAAAAGGGUACCAUAGUGCAUGGACCUUUGUGUUGCACUGUGCUUUGCACUCAUGAGGGAUAUAUCAGUUUCCACUACCUUAUCCCCACUUUUAAGUGGAUCAAAAUGUCUGGUAUUCACCUGGAAAUUAAAUAUUUAAGCAUGGCUGUUAAGUAAUACAUGUGUAACCAUUACUAGUUUUCUAUUGACUAGAAAGGUAAUUUAUCAUUCAAAUGGCUAACUUGUAUGGAAGAAGUAGUAAGCUCACUCUUAAGAUAGGGCGAGUGUUUUUACCUCUUUUCAAACUCCCGUUUUGGACUACAACUAACUACAUAUAUCCUACACCAUCCAAAUUAGCUAAGUGCUCUGUCCUUGACUCCCCUUUGGAUGGUUAUAGUUAGGAUGAGGUACUUUGAAAAUCAUGAAACAUGAUUUAAAUCUAGGACGUAAUAGUCAACAUAUAACUAUUUAGUAGUGGAUAUAGAAGUAAAAUUACUUAUCUAUUUCAUGAGAAAAAUUUUCCAAACUUCAGAGUAUCUGAAUAGUCUUAAUAGAAGUAUAUUUAUAGUUAUAGGUAACAGUUUUUCUGUGUUAUUUGGAGUCAAUUGCUAUAUAAUUUGUCUCUCUUUUCAAUGAACAUUGUCUUUUUUGACAACUGAAGUCACACACAAUUGAUACACACAUAUCUAGAUUUUCUUUCUUUGUAGUGACAAUAAUUUUGACCAUGAUUUACAUUUAUGAAUUUACUGGAUAUUUUAUUUCUGAAUAUAAGAUUGUUGCUGUAGUGUAAUGGACUACUCCCAACCACAAGAUGGCAUUCCUAACAUAAUUUGUCUUUGUUGAUAACAUUCUGUUUCAUUUUCUAAGAGAGCUACCUCCAUGAAGAAACAUAUUAAAAGUUGUAAGGAAAAAAUUUUUAAAUAGUUUAAUGAGUGGAAACAAUGUGUUUAAAAAAUAUUAAAAAUCAAACCAAUUUUGUGUUAACAUUGGAUCUCUGGAUUGGCUUCAGCAAAGUUAAGUUCUAAAACUAAAAAUUGAAAACCAGAAGCAGUGACAAGAAAAUAAUGGAGGAUUCAAAGUUCCCUUAUUCACGUAUUCUUAUUUUUUUCUUUUGUUUUUAAGAAUAUCUGUUUAAGUGGAUGAUAUGUUUAAAAAAUAGAAGAGUGAACAGCUAAAAGUUCACCGUGCAUAUGAGUGCAUAUGAGAAUGCACUAUUUUUCUGAAAGCGGGACCAACAGUGCUAAAAAAAAAAAAAAGAUGAAUUCUGUCCUCAAGCACUAUAGCUAGGGAGACCACAUGCAAAAAUGAAGCCACGUACAACACAAAAGAGUUCCUGCAAGAUAGUUUAUGAGUAAGUAAAAAAUGAGUGAUAAACAGUUAAGUGCUGUAAGGAUUAUAACAAAAGGAAAGGACUGACCUGGAAUAGAACAGGUUUCACAGAGGACAUAGAACCUGAAGUGGGUCUUGAAGGAUGGGAAGAUUUUCUAGGUGAAAAAGAAGGGGAAAUAUAUUCGAGACAGAGGCCAGAGAAACAUGUAAGGUGAUAUGUCCAAGAGAGCACCUGUGUUUGUGGUCAGUUGUUAAUCUCACUGCCCCAAAUUGUCACUUGAUGCCUUCAUUUCUUCUCAAACCCAGCUUCAUCCUUCCCCUCUAAGCUAAUAACCUUGCCUUAUUCAAGAAAAAUGAGCCACCAUAUCUGAUGCAUCUCCAUUUCCCAUCAAUUGUAUAAAUCUGUGCACAUUAUUCUAGCUUUUCCUACUUCCGUCUGCCUGAAUGAGUCGUGCUUGUCCUUCACAUGUGCCAUAUCUCAUCAGUCAUCCCUGCUGUUUCUUCAGCCUCCGGUCUCUGAUGGAACCUUUGUGUCAUUCAGGUGCUCUCUCUUCAUAUCUUAAAAGCAUAAGAGCAAAACAAAAUUUCUGUAAACAUUCACAUUUCUUCCCAUCUAUUAUUUCUUUAUACUCAAGAUCAGUGGUCUUCAAAAAGAGUUGUCUAUACAGUCACAUUUUCUUCUCAUUUUCUCCAGUGUGUAAAGUCUAUGUAAAGUUUGAUGAGUAAUCAAAUACCCAUAUACUACCAUCUCGCUCUUAAGAGUAUGCUGUCUCCUCUUUGAUGACAUGCACUUCUCUCCCCCACAGGUAACCAUUAUCCUAAAUUUUCAUCAUUCUCUUGUUUUUAUACUUUUUCACUGCUUAGUUUUGCCUUUUUGUUUUGAAUUUUAGGUAAAUGGAGUCACAUUGUAUGUAUUUUUCCAUGCCUUUGCAUUUUGCUUGAAAACCUUAAAAUAAAAAAAAAAUUAAAAAAAGAAAACCUUAAAAUCCAUCCAUGCAAAUGAGUGGAGUCACAGUUCAUUGAUUUUUAUUACUAUAUAAUAUUCCAUUGUAUGAAUACCACAGUCUAUCCAUUUACCAGUUAAUAUAUAUAUAGACUAAUUUUUAUCUGUUCUUGUAUGCUGUAGGUAUAUUGUUUUGUAAAACUUGUGUUGGAGACUAGUGAAUAUGGGCUUUCAAAUGUUUGUGCUUAUUUCCAAGAAUAUGUAAAAAUAGAUUUCAUGUCUUGGUAUUAUUAAAAACUAGUGCUUUGUUUAUGAAAUGAAGAAUUAUUAAAUUUCAGACUACAAUUUCUAGCUUUAACUAUCUUUGAGAAAUUGUUUUAUAAUGUCAUAGUGAAUUUAAGAUUUGGGGGGAAAAUAAGAUUUUAAAAUUACAUAUUAAUGGAAAUCAAAAUAUGUUUCUGUCAAAUUAGAUGGUGGAAGGCAAUAAAUUGUUUUUUAUGAGGUUUUUGUUGGAUUGUAAUACUUCACUUUGAAAAACAAUAACUUAUGGCAAAUACUGUUUGAAUCCAUCAAAUAAUUUAUAAACCUUACAUAAUUCAAACUACUUAAUGUUAGUUUUCUUAAAAAGGCUAUUUUCAUGUGAAUCUCAAACCCAUAAAAUCAUAAAUAGUACAGUUUUUGUACCAAUCCAGGAACAUGAAAAAUCUCCAUUUGAAAUAGUUAUCAGUAUGGGCACCGUGUAUCUACUCCAACCAAUAAAUCAUUAGUUUUUCUCUCUUCCAACUUUAAAAACAAAUAGGCUCUUUCCAAAUUAAAGUUACCAUAAGCUCUUCUGAUUCAAAAAAGUAGAGCCAAAAAAAUUGCCGGUGUUAAGUGAAAGGGAUUGUCAGAAAAAAAAAUCAGCAUAAUGUCUAGCAAUAUUCUGAUCAAUUGGCAAUAUUUUCAUGAGAGCUCUACAUCAAAAAGUUGAGUUUGCUUUCUACAGUAGGGUGCAUUAAUCAAUUUAGCUUUUUUUCCUAAACUCUGAGUUCUUAUGACUUUCUUCAUCUAAGUGGUAAUAAUUGUCUUGAGUCACUGCACUGAAGUUACAUGUGCAGAUAUGACACUAAUUCAGGUUAUCAUUAGACACUUAUUGAGAGCUUAGUGGUUUAUGAAAUGCAGAGUUGCUAAUGGCAAGUUAAACUUCAUUUAUAAAUAUUAGAGGAGUUAUGACUUAAAUUACUUAAAUUCACAAUGAAUUUUUUAAAAUAAAUUCUCAUAUUUGGUAAAUGAGUCCUAAAAUUGUUCAAUUUAAUAUCAUCUCCCAGUAAGUUUGAGGUGUUUUUAACAAAUGCUUUAUUAUUGUUUUUCAAAAUGGAAACUUUGAGAUCAAUAUUCCAGAGUUUAUGAGAAAUGACAAAAAAAAAAAAAAGAGAGAGAGAGAGAGAGAAAAGCCUCCAGGAACCAUUUUGAACAGAUAGAAGUUAAUUUUUUUUGAUAAAAAGGUAUGUUCCUGGCACUCUUUAUGGCACAAAUAUUAACACGUUAAUAUUUAAAUACUCAAUAAUUUUAUUUCAGAUUAAACUAGGCUUGUUUGUAUAAUGCAACAUUAAAAUGUAAUUUAAUUAUAUGCUCAACAAUAGGUUUUCUUUGAAGCCAUGUAAAAAAUAUUGUUUUGGGUAUACUUGGCAACAUAUGCCCCAGACUGGCAAUCUGUGUGAUAGUAAGUACGUCAUUUUCCUUAAAAUUAGAGGCCUUCUAUACUUUGUUUUGUUUACAGCAUUCAUUAUCUCAUGUUCUUAUUGAAUAAAAAGUAUUUUGGAAAAAUUUCUUGUAUAAGAUAUAAAGUUUUUAUUUUAGUUCUUUGAGGAAAGAACUUGAAUACUCUCACCUGUUACCUAAGAUAUCUAUCUGCUCUUUGGUCAAAUUAAAUGGAGACUCAUCUGGUAGGACCUAAAAUUAACAUAAGGCUUGGUUUUGAUUUGGGUUCUGAAAAGAAUUAUUUGUCGACUACAUCUGUGUUUCCUUCAGCUACCUCAAAAUUGGAUUGACAUUCCUUUUACCUAAUUUGCGUUACUGUCAGUCUAUGGUAACAUAUUGGCUACAAACUUGAUAAGCUGCAUAAUAUUUAAAACUGGGGUUCAUAGAAUUAGGAAUUGAGGAAAGAGUGCUACGUAAGCUGGCCUUGGAUUCACAAGUGGAGAUAUGUGGUGUGGUGAGAUUAGCUGGCAAGAGGAAGUUUCUGAUCUCCAUAGGUUAUGAGGAUGUCAGUAGUGAUCUAUGAUGUACUCUUUAGGAGAAUGGAAUUCAUCUUUGAAUUUCUACUGUAGUAAACACAAUAUAUGAUAGUAAAUG